AUGAUUCCCAGCAUCAGACAGUUGAGUUGGUACAUUCUCAGACGUUUCGCUGGCAUCUUAGUCGGCAUCAUUGCCGCGCCAAGCUACGAACUCGUCAAAGAGACAAGUGAAGUCAAUCCCUCGACAAACGAAAGUGUGCCCUUAUUUUGCAAUUCUAGUGUGGCCCCAUCACACUUGCUAUCUACCCAACCCCUCUCUUCCGAUCGGCUGAUCCGACUCGGGCCUCUAAUCCCGGGAAAUGGAGAUGGAACUAAUUGCAAAGAUCUUGACACAUCAGGAGCCAAUAAACAGGAACAGAUUUGCCGUGCUACGCAAAACCUUGGAAACGAAUGGACAAUUAGGAGGAAGGAGGAGCUACAGUAA